UAGAGAGAGGUUUAGACGACGUUGUGAAGAAGAAGAGUCUCGUGUCAAUUUUUCCUGGAAAAAUCCUGGUGUUUGUCCUCCCUUCCUUGUGCGAGAAACGUGCUAAAAUGGCAGAUUUGGACGAUUUCUUUGCAAAGAAAGACAAGAAGAAGUCGAAAGGGAAAAAAUUUACAACAGCGGAAGAGCUUGUUAAAAAAUUAGAAGAUACCACGUCGAAGAAGCAGCAGGAAUCGAAAACCAAGACUCGUGGGCCCGGCAACGAGGAGGAAUAUAACAAUCAGCAAAAUGAGGAUGAGUGGAAGGACUUUGAGGAGGAGCGUAAGGAUUAUUCGGGACUCAAGAUUGGGCAGUUGACGCUUAGUGAAGAUGACCAACAUACAGAUGGGGAUCAAGGUUCGGAAGCUCAGAGUGACACAGAGGGCAAUGCUGAGGGUGGCGAUCGCAAGACUGGCCCCUGGAAGGCUGUUAUGGAAGUGGCACCUCCGCAGCCACCGCCACCACAACCACAGCCGCCUCCACAGCAAUCCAACAUCUAUAGACCUCCGGCUCUACAGUCGGCGAUGGCCAAGGUGAAAUUGCGUGAUGUGGGAAAAGGUGUAGCCCCGGAUAUUUCCAAUGAAGAAUACUUCCCAUCCCUUGGGUCAGCCCCGCCAAAGCCGGAGCCGCCCAAGAAGAAGCUGGACCCGGGCUUCGAGGAGGUGAAACACGGCAGUCGGUCUGCACGACCAACGGAAGUGGCCAAAAGCUCACCGGUCACCGUAGGAAAUCGUUUCCACUCCCUGGCUGGAGAUGCUAGCUAGAAUCUUAUGACAAUUUGCAAGUUUAAUAUGAUUUUCCCGAAGGCGCUUCGUCAUUGCUAUAGAGAUGAGAAUAAAAUAACAAUAUAUAUCACAAGAAAAGAGAAAAUAUUAAAAGAAGGUAUAUCUAUCGUUGAAAGCAUGUGAGGGGGAUACAGGAUAUUUGAGAUGUCUUCACAGAUCCUGGGUUUAAUAUUUCAGCUAUAUAUAAGCCAGACUGUGGAAGGAAAAUUUCGUUCGUGCAUGAAAAAUAAACAUCCAAACUAACUUUUUUUUUGAAACCCACUUUGAGAAGGAAAAGAAAAGAACGUUUAAGAAAAAAAUUUCGAGAAAAGCAUUUUGAAGACAAAAGGACAUUAAUAUGUUGCUGGGAGGUACAUAAAUUAUGGAAGAAGAAAAAACGUGCAUAUUAAAUUCAAGUGGUGUGUGGUGUAAAGAAACAACUAAAAAAAAUGAAUUAUUAAAUAAAAAUACCGUGAUAUAUUUGGGAAAUCACAA